AUGUCCAUGAUGGGUAAGAUGUACUAUUUUCUCAGACUCCAAAUUAAGCAACUAAAGGAUGGCAUCUUCAUCAACCAAUCCAAGUACUAUAAAGAAUUAUUAAAGAGACUCGAUAUGGAUGACUUCAAGGCUAUGUCUACUCCAAUGGGAUCCAGAACUUAUGUUGAUCAAGAUGAAUCAGGUGUCUCAAUUAAUAUCACAAAGUAUCAAGUUAUGAUUGGCUCAUUGUUAUAUUUGACGGCAAGUCGUCCUGACAUAAUGUUUAGUGUUUGUCUAUGUGCUCGCUUUCAAGCAAAUCCAAAAGAACCGCAUCUCAUCAUUAUUAAAAGGAUAACGAAAUAUCUCAAAGGGAUAACAAACGUUAGACUAUGGUAUCCUAAAGGAAGUAAAACUGAUAGAAAGAGCACUAGUGGUACAUGUCACAUUCUUGGAAAUGCAUUAAUAUCGUGGGCUUGCAAGAAACAAGCAUGUGUUGCUCUCAGCACUGACGAAGCAUAA